UGCUCAGAGAAAUUACAGUCAAAUCCAAAAGGAUACUCUCGCUAUUGUGCUUGCUCUGAAAAAGUUUUCUCAGUUUCGUAUGGAAGAAGAUUCAUACUUGUCACAGACCAUAAACCUUUGCUGGCGCUUUUUGGUCCAACAAAGCCGACUCCAGCUCUUGCAGCAAACAGAUUGGCGAGAUGGGCUCUCACCCUCAGUCAAUACGACUACACGAUAGAGUACAGGAAGACAAAUGAACAUGGAAACGCAGAUGUCCUCAGUAGACUUCCCAUUGGACCUGAUGCCAAGUUUGACAAUGGGGAAGAAGUUAAAGACAUCAACACAGUUUGUUUGAUACGUUCAAUUGGAACACAACUAAGUCCGACUCAACCAGGAGUAGUGAAAAACGAAACAGCAAAAGACCUGAUUCUUUCAAAACUCAAACGAUACAUUCGUGAAGGUUUUCCUCCAAGGCCAGACAAUGAUGAACCAGAAUCGCGUCAUUUCAGAAAGCUCGAAAACUCACUUACAGUUGACAAUGGAUGUGUUUUCAAUGGAUCACGAAUUGUCAUUCCUGAGGUACUUCGAAGGCAAGUUCUUGAUCUUCUUCAUUUUGGACACAUGGGAAUGCAGCGCAUGAAACAACUGGCACGAUCAGCAGUUUGCUGGCCGCACAUAGACGAAAAUAUUGCGGAUUUGGUUAGAGGGUGUACAAGCUGCGCAGAGCACCAGAAUGCACCAGAAAAAGCACCAAUUCAUUCAUGGAUCUUGCCUGAAAAGCCUUGGAGCAGAAUUCAUGCUGAUCAUGCUAUUAACUUUAUGGGUUCCAACUGGCUAAUUGUUACUGACGUCUAUUCCAAGUACCCCUGUAUUCACCAGACACAGUCAAUAACAUCAAAAGCUACAAUGCUACAUCUGGAACAAGAUUUCGCACAUUUCGGAUAUCCGCAUACAAUUGUAAGUGAUAAUGCAACAAUCUUUACAUCUGAGGAAUUUCAAGAGUUCUGUAAUGAAAGAGGAAUUUAUCAUCUCACUGGAGCACCUUAUCAUUCUGCUACCAAUGGGUCAGCAGAAAGGCUGGUACAAUCUUUCAAGCAGUCGUUAAAGAAAUCACUUCUUCCAUCUAAAGAGGCUGUUGAAGAAAUUUUACUGCAGUACCGCCGCACGCCAUUGCCUACAGGAUAUUCGCCUAGUGAACUUAUAAAUGGAAGACAAAUCAGAGCCAAGAUCGAUGUUAUCAUUUCAUCUAUAGCUCACACUGCCCAAGCUUAGCAAUGGAAGGUCAACAGUCGGAUCAACAAAGGAAAGGCUCUCAUUGACAAGGUUUUCAAGUAUCAAAUUGGAACACCCUGCUAUGCACUGUACUGUGGACCGAGGCGUGACAGAGAGCCAAGAUGGGUUCCUGCUAUUGUCAAAGCAAUCCACGGACCAAGGAGUGUCUACGUGAAGGUGAUUCCCAAAGGACCGGUGUGGCGUCGACAUUUGGAUCAGUUACGGUCAAGAUACGGAGCUGAUUAAGACGAUGAUCCAGGUUUCCGAGCUAAACCCACACAAGAGCUACAUACCAAAGAGGGGCCAACUGAGAAGCCAAAGCGACGCAACCCAAGACUUCCCAAUUCCGAUGAGUGCGGACCAAACAAACCAAGAAGGUCCAAGCGUCUUCAAGAAAAGCGACAAGCAUCGGCUGUCGGUUCCACGGGACCUAAGCCUGAUGGAGAGGUGUUACAAACGUAAACAAGUUUUUGAUAAACGCUUUUUAUAAACAACUUUUAUGGUAAACAACUUUUUUGGUGAACACCCUUUGUAUUAAAGUUGUUUACUAACACCUGUUUCUUCGUAAACAUGUUUUGAUUAACCGAGACGUGUGAACAUAGUGGUGCUAACACGAAGAAUGGAUUGUCAAGGUACAUAAGACGGAUUACUAUAAAAGUUUCUAGCUAAUUGCUCACGCAAGUUUUUACAGUCAAGAGAAAGUACUUGUGUUAAUCAUAGAUUGGCACUCUGUCUUUUUCUCUGUUUAGGAGGAUCUAGCUUUUCGGUCACCUCAAGCUACCCUAACGAAUGCGUAAAAAUACAACAGUAAUUAUCAAAAGAUUCAUAUGAAAUUCUAACUGUACUGCUUUAUUCAUGACGACAUUUCUCAAAACUUGAUUUCCACGAUACCAAAAGACGAU